UUAUGACUCUGACCAAUCGCAGUGGUUUCACAAUUCGAGUGUUGUGAAGUAUGAUUUCAAAUACAAGCGCAGCUUAUUAUUUUAUUUUAGUUGGCAUGGACACGUCAGGAUUCAAAAGCUAACAGAAGACAUGAAAUAAAAUAGGUAUAUAAUCGCCCUGGAACCAAAAGUUUAGUCACAAAACUUACCUUCCAGCGCACUGUAGUUACAGAUUUCAACGAGGAAAUGCGUGAGUGUAUAUCCAUUCACGUGGGUCAGGCAGGAGUCCAGAUAGGCAAUGGGUGCUGGGAGCUGUACUGUCUUGAACACGGAAUCCAGCCUGACGGCAGUAUACCGAACGAUUCCAUAAUUGGUGGCUCGGAUGAUUCCUACAACACCUUUUUCUGCGAGACGGGAGCUGGGAAGCGUGUUCCCAGGGCAGUUUUCGUGGACCUGGAGCCUACAGUCGUGGAUGAAGUCAGGUCUGGAAGAUACAGACAGCUGUUCCACCCAGAGCAACUCAUCUCGGGCAAGGAAGAUGCAGCCAACAACUACGCCCGAGGGCACUAUACCGUUGGGAAGGAUAUCGUUGACAUAGUCCUGGAGCGCACCCGCAAACUGACAGAACAAACCACUGGGCUUCAGGGCUUCCUGAUCUUUCACAGCUUUGGGGGGGGUACGGGGUCCGGCUUCACCUCCCUGCUGAUGGAGCGCAUGUCUGUGGACUACUGCAAGAAGUCCAAGCUGGAGUUCGCCAUCUACCCGGCUCCCCAGGUGUCCACGGCCGUGGUGGAGCCCUACAACUCCAUCCUGACCACGCACACCACCCUGGAGCACUCGGACUGCGCCUUCAUGGUGGACAACGAGGCCAUCUACGACAUCUGCCAGCGCAACCUGGACAUCGACCGCCCGUCCUACACCAACCUCAACCGGCUCAUCGCCCAGAUCGUCUCCUCCAUCACCGCCUCGCUGCGGUUCGACGGCGCCUUGAACGUGGACCUCACCGAGUUCCAGACCAACCUGGUGCCCUACCCCCGCAUCCACUUCCCUCUGGUCACCUACGCGCCCAUAAUCUCCGCCGAGAAGGCCUACCACGAGCAGCUGUCGGUCGCCGAGAUCACCAACGCCUGCUUCGAGCCGGCCAAUCAGAUGGUGAAGUGCGACCCUCGCCACGGAAAGUACAUGGCCUGCUGCAUGCUGUACCGCGGCGACGUGGUGCCCAAGGAUGUGAACGCCGCCAUUGCCAACAUCAAGGCCAAGCGAACCAUCCAGUUUGUGGACUGGUGCCCCACCGGCUUCAAGGUGGGAAUCAACUACCAGCCUCCAACUGUGGUGCCAGGGGGAGACCUGGCCAAGGUGCAGAGGGCCGUGUGCAUGCUGAGCAACACCACCGCCAUCGCCGAGGCCUGGGCCCGCCUCGACCACAAGUUCGACCUGAUGUACGCCAAGCGCGCCUUCGUGCACUGGUACGUGGGCGAGGGCAUGGAGGAGGGCGAGUUCUCCGAGGCUCGUGAGGACCUGGCGGCCCUGGAGAAGGAUUAUGAGGAGGUGGGCGCGGACUCUGUGGAUGCGGAGCUGGAGGAGCAAGACGAGUUCUGAGAGGAGGCCAGCGCUACCUCCCCCACAGCAGCUCGUAGGAGAGCUGCUCUGUCCUGUCUGCCCAAUCUCUGUUUUCCUGUCAACACAUUUACACACUCGUGCUGCUGUGUGCGCUGAUGGUAUUGAUUCUGACUUACGUUCAUUACGGAAUUAUGGAUUGCAGAUCUUUUAUUUAUUUAUUUAUUUUAUUUUAUUUUUUUGGACGUGCCCAUCUCUGCACAUCAUACCUGCCGCGAUCGCUUUUGAGUCAUACAAAGUGAUGGCACGUCAGUGCUGAAGGACUUGUGUGCUGUUGAUUAUCAAUGUUGUUCCCUCCCUGAAUAAAGAGUUCUCGUGCAAGCAUUAAA